AUGCAGGGGGACCGGGCGGCCGAGCGGCCGGCGCCGCUACCGCCGCCUCCGCUGCUGCUGCUGUUGCUGCUGCUGCUGCUGUCCUGGGUUGCGGCGCUGCACCCAAGCGAGCUCUUCCCCUACGGGGAGUCGUGGGGGGACCUGCUCCUUCAGGAAGGCGACGACGAGAGCUCAGCAGCGGUGAAGCUGGCGAUUCCUCUGCACUUCUACGAAGGCCGGUUCAGUGACCUCUACGUGGGCACCAAUGGCAUCAUCUCCACCCAGGACUUCCCAAGGGAGACCCAGUAUGUGGAUGAUGGUUUCCCCACAGACUUCCCAGCCAUCGUCCCCUUCCUGGCCGACAUCGACACAAGCCAGGGCAGGGGCCGGAUCCUAUACCGCGAGGACACCUCCCCAGCUGUGCUGGGUCUGGCUGCCCGCUACGUGCGCGCGGGCUUCCCGCGCUCCGCCAUGCGCUUUGCCCCCACCCAUGCCUUCCUGGCGACCUGGGAGCAGGUGGGCGCCUAUGAGGAGGUCACACGAGGGGCGCCGCCCUCUGGGGAGCUGAACACUUUUCAGGCAGUUUUGGUAUCUGAUGAGUCUGAUACCUACGCCCUCUUUCUUUAUCCUGCCAAUGGCCUUCAGUUCUUUGGAACUCGCCCCAAAGAGUCUUACAACGUCCAGCUCGAGCUUCCAGCCCGGGUGGGCUUCUGCCGAGGGGAGGCCGAUGAUUUGAAGAGAGAAGGACCAUAUUUCAGCUUGACAAGCACUGAACAGUCUGUAAAAAAUCUCUACCAACUAAGCAACCUGGGGAUUCCUGGAGUGUGGGCUUUUCAUAUUGGCAGCGUCUCCUCAUUGGACAAUGUCAGACCAGCAACACUUGGAGGGGAACUUUCCAAAGCCCACACCUUGGCUUCUCUGGAACAUUCCAUCAGCCAUGUUGCAGCUUUGGAAAGUGACUAUACUGAAGACAAUCUGGAUUAUUAUGAUGAGAAUGAGGAGGACGUUGACUAUCCCACGAGUGAACCAGAGGAGGCAAGGAAUGGCCACAGCUCUGUUGAUGUUUCCUUCCAUUCAAAAGUUGAUUCAAGGCCUUCAGGAGAAUCUGCCAGCUGGGAUCCUCAAGCCAAAGAGGGGGCACCUCUGGGGAAAAUAGAUACUCCAGGUUUAAAUGGCCAAGUUGAGCCUCCUUCUGAACAGACAGAGACCAGAAGCCCAGCUCCACCAGAGACAGACAGAGAUUCACCGAAUCCCUCCCGGAAAGCCCUACCCUACCCUGAAAAUGAACACAUCCAGCAGUAUCCUAAUGGAGGUGUGGUGCCUUCAGAAAUGUAUGUUCCUGCAGCUCAUCCUGGAGGAGAAGUUGUUCUUCCACAUUACCCCUUGCCAGAUCACACUGCACCUCGGAGUGGCAGGAGGUAUGUGGUAGGAGUGGAAGACAACAUCAGUUCCAACACUGAAGUCUUCACCUAUAAUGCUGCCAACAAGGAAACCUGUGAACAAAACCACAGGCAGUGCUCCCAGCAUGCCUUCUGCACUGACUACGCCACCGGCUUCUGCUGCCACUGCCAGUCCAGGUUUUACGGAAACGGAAAGCACUGUUUGCCAGAAGGGGCACCUCAUCGAGUCAACGGGAAAGUGAGUGGCCACGUCCGCGUGGGCCAUACUCCCGUGCACUUCACUGAUGUGGACCUGCACGCUUACAUCGUGGGCAAUGACGGCAGAGCAUACACGGCCAUCAGCCACAUCCCACAGCCCGCGGCCCAGGCUCUUCUCCCCCUCACACCCAUUGGAGGCCUAUAUGGUUGGCUCUUUGCUUUAGAAAAACCAGGUUCGGAGAAUGGCUUCAGCAUCACAGGUGCUACCUUUACCCAUGACAUGGAAGUUACCUUCUACCCAGGAGAGGAGAGGGUUCAUAUCACUCAAAAUGCUGAGGGACUUGACCCAGAGAAUUAUCUGAGUAUAAAGACCAACAUUCGAGGCCAGGUGCCUUACAUCCCAGCAAAUUUCACAGCCCACAUUGCUCCCUACAAGGAGCUUUACCACUACUCUGACUCAGUUGUGACCUCUACCAGUUCCAGAGACUACUCUCUCACAUUUGGUGCCAUCAACGAAACACGGUCCUACCGAAUCCACCAGAACAUCACAUACCAGACCUGUAGGCACGCCCCUAAACACCAGGCCAUCCCUACCACCCAGCAGCUGAAUGUAGACCGGGUCUUUGCCUUGUACAAUGAUGAAGAAAGAGUGCUUAGAUUUGCUGUAACCAAUCAAAUUGGCCAUGUUGAAGGGGAUUCAGACCCUGCUCCAGUUAAUCCUUGCUAUGAUGGCAGCCACACAUGUGACACAACAGCACAGUGCCAUCCAGGGACAGGUUUAGCCUAUACCUGUGAGUGUGCACCUGGGUACCAGGGAGAUGGACGGAGUUGUGUGGAUGUAAAUGAAUGUGCAACCGGCUUCCAUCGCUGUGGCCCCAACUCUGUGUGUAUCAACUUGAAGGGAAGCUACAAGUGUGAAUGCCGGAGUGGUUAUGAGUUUGCAGACGACCGGCACACUUGCAUCUUAAUUGCCCCACCUCCCAACCCCUGUGAGGACGGCAGUCACACCUGCGCUCCUGCUGGGCAGGCCCGGUGCAUCCACCAUGGAGGCAGCACGUUCACCUGCGCCUGCCUGCCUGGUUACACUGGCACUGGGCACCAGUGUACUGAUGUUGAUGAAUGCUCGGAAAACAGAUGUCACCCCGCAGCUACCUGCUAUAAUACCCCUGGUUCCUUCUCCUGCCGUUGCCAACCUGGAUAUCGUGGGGAUGGAUUUCAGUGCACACCUGACUCUGUCUCAGAACUGAAACCCUGUGAACACCAGCAGCGCUAUGUCCAGGCACAAUCUGCCUAUCCUGGGUCCCCGCUCCACAUCCCUCAGUGCGAUGAGCAGGGCAACUUCCGGCCCCUGCAGUGUCAUGGCAGCACAGGAUUCUGUUGGUGCAUUGACCAAGGUGGUCAUGAAAUCCCUGGCACCCGGACUCCCCCUGGCUCCACCCCGCCUCACUGCGGAGCACCAGAGCCCACCCAGAGGCCCCAGACUGUCUGUGAGCGCUGGAGGGUGAGCCUGCUGGAGCACUACGGUGGCACGGCCCGCGAUGACCAGUAUGUGCCCCAGUGCGACGACCUAGGCCAGUUCAUCCCCCUACAGUGCCAUGGGAAGAGUGACUUCUGCUGGUGUGUGGAUAAAGAAGGCAGAGAGGUGGAGGGCACCCGCUCCCAGCCAGGCACCACCCCUGCAUGUAUACCCACGGUUGCUCCACCCACGGUCCGGCCGACCCCCCGCCCUGAUGUGACCCUUCCCUCCGUGAGCACCUUCCUGCUCUAUGCCCAGGGCCAGCAGAUCGGCCACUUGCCCCUCAACGGGACCAGGCUUCAGAAGGACGCGGCCAAGACCCUGCUGUCACUGCAUGGUUCCAUAGUCGUAGGAAUUGACUAUGACUGCAGGGAGAGAAUGGUGUACUGGACAGAUGUUGCAGGACGAACAAUCAGCCGCGCCAGCCUGGAACCAGGAGCAGAGCCCGAGACGAUCAUUAACACAGGUCUGAUAAGCCCUGAAGGGCUUGCCAUCGACCACUUCCGUAGAACCAUGUACUGGACGGACAGUGGACUGGAUAAGAUAGAGAGUGCCAAGCUGGAUGGCUCUGAGCGCAGGGUCCUCUUCCACACGGAUCUGGUGAAUCCCCGAGCCAUCACUGUGGACCCAAUCAGAGGCAACUUGUACUGGACAGACUGGAAUCGAGAAGCUCCUAAAAUUGAAACAUCUUCUUUAAAUGGAGAAAACAGAAGAAUUUUGGUGAAUAAAGACAUUGGGCUACCCAAUGGUUUAACAUUUGACCCCUUCUCUAAACUGCUCUGCUGGGCAGAUGCAGGAACCAAAAGACUGGAGUGUACACUACCUGAUGGAACUGGACGGCGUGUCAUUCAAGACAACCUCAACUACCCCUUCAGCAUUGUUAGCUAUGCAGAUCACUUCUACCACACAGACUGGAGGAGGGAUGGUGUUAUAUCAGUAAAUAAAGACAGUGGCCAGUUUACAGAUGAGUAUCUCCCAGAGCAGCGAUCACAUCUCUAUGGGAUAACUGCAGUCUACCCCUACUGCCCAACAGGUAAUGAAUAUUCUUCAGGGUACUCCUUUGGGUUAGCAGGGCGGGGAAGGAAUGUAUCUGAUUACCCCUGGACCCAGAGACUGGCUGUUGCUACUGGCACGGCCACCAUUGCCUUCUCUCCACCACCAGUGAGAACCAGCUUGAGCUGAAACAGUUAAUGGCAAACAUGGGUGGGGGGGGCAGUCUGAUGACCUUAAGUUACCUAACUUGAUUACACACAAAUAAAAACGGUCAGCAUAUUGGGAUAUUUCCCUUUUAAAAGAUUUGUUAUUGCAACCCUGGGUUACAAAAUACUCAUUGACUCCCCACCCCCACCCCCUAUGCCUCUAUUCUCC